CGAGCAGCGGGCUCUGCUUGAAUUGCCGCCGUGUUUGCACGCAGGGGGAAGAGCACGUGUUGGAGACCCUGGUUCUCCAUCUCCCGCCACCCAACCCAGCUGGUCCUGGCUCGGGCGCCGGCUGGCGGAAGAUGGCUGACGGCUUCGUUACAUCCAACGAGGAGUGCGGUUCACAGGAUCUCAUUGGAUGUGAUUUGCUGCAGAAUCAUGGAUGGAAGCAUGGUAACAGCCUUGGAGAAACUCUGCAGGGGAGAGAUCAGCCUAUCCCAGUUAUCCUUAGGCAUGACACAAUGGGUAUAGGGAGAAUGGAGGUGCAGGUGGAUUAUGCAAAUGACGCAGCAGAACAAACCACAGUAAUAGAAAGGAAACAAUCUAAGCAACAGAAACAAAAGUCCAAGGAUGCUGGAAAGGAAAAGGCCAUAGCAAAAGCUCUUGAGGAUCUGAAAGCCAAUUUCUACUGUGAACUAUGUGACAAGCAGUAUCACAAGCAUCAGGAAUUUGAUAAUCACAUAAAUUCUUACGACCAUGCUCACAAACAGAGACUGAAAGAACUAAAGCAAAGAGAAUUUGCUCGAAACGUAGCUUCAAGAUCAAGGAAAGAUGAAAAGAAACAGGAAAAGGCCCUCAAACGUCUUCACGAGCUUGCAGAGCUGCGGAAACAGUCAAAAUGUGCUCCAGGAAGUGGUCCCAUGUUCAAACCAGCAACAGUAGCCAUUGACAAUCAUGUGAAAGCAGCUGCUGGUGGAUCCAUUGCCAAAGGCAGAGAUAGCGGAAGGAAGAACAAUACCCGAGCCUCCUCCAUAAAAGAAGAGGUCCUGAAAAGAACUCAGGGAAAUAACCUGCAGUGUCCCCCAUGUGGUAAUCAGUAUGUCCAUGGUGACCCUACAUCACAGAUACAAGGGCAGUUAGGCUUAAAGCCCUUUGGGCUCUUCACAAAGAAAAACAGCCCAUGCAUCCCCAUUCAGAAGGGUAGUGUCUCCUUUUCUUUUUCCAAAAAAGCUCCACUGAAGUUGGAGUCAUCUGCUUCAGUUUUCAAUGACACUGUUGAAGAGAAGCAGUACGAACAAGAGCCACCGAGCCAUAAAGUGAAAACAACAGCUGAGGCAGAGAUCUCAGAGGUAGGUGCAGGGAUAGGUAGCACUGCAGACACUGAAAAUAAUGAACAAACCAAACAGUCCCAGAUUUUCAGUAGCACUGGGAGCAAUCCCUUUGCAAGGGUUAAGAAGCUGAAGGCUCUUAUGUUGAAGGAAAAUAAGGAUGAAGCAGAGAAAGAAUAUUAUUGCUAUAGUCCUACACAUUGCAAAACCAACACAAAUUUUCCUUGCUUGUUUCUCAUGAAACCGUCAGAGAAAGCAGACAUGGGUAAAGUGGUCACUCAAAAUGAUAACGUUAAUGAGUCUCAGACUGAUGGCUCUGAUGUAAAAUGUUCCAUUGUCCCAGAAAUUGGGAAUGAAAAACAUGAGAUCAGAGAUGCCAAGACAGUGGGAGCAGCACAAUUGAAUUCUCCUGCUCAGCAGCAGACCAACUCACAAGAGGACGGGAAAGCACUGGAUCAGGAUGUUUGCAAGAUGAAAGGUGAAGAACCAUUAGGGUUGAGUGAAAAACAGACUGAGUCCAUAUUGCCUGCUAAAGGAAAAUUGAGCAAGGUCGAACCACUAAAUAGGUCGCAUCUUAUAAAUGAACCCUUUCUCCCAGUGCUAAGUAGAGAUGAAUCAACUAGACUUCAGUGGCCGUCUGAGCUUUUACUCUUCACACAGACAGAACCGUCCCUAUCAUACAGCUGCAAUCCUUUGUAUUUUGAUUUUAAAUUGUCUCGAAAUAAAAACAGACAGAGUGGUACCACAGUAGGGAAAAACAAUAAGGAUUGUCAACAAAAUACAGCUGUUACCAUUGAAGGAGAUAAUAGGUCAAGCACAGCUACAGAACAAAAUGGAAGUAUAGAAAAAGAGCAGGAUCCAAACACAGGAAAGUCGGUGGUAUCACACAAAUCAAAGAAAAGAAAGAAUCACAACCGAUGCAGCAAAAAAUCUAAGCAGAGAUCAGACCCUGGUCAUGUGAGGAAGAGAAAGAAAAAACUGAGAAAAGAGGAUGAACGAGCAUGGAAAGUCACAGAGCCCGGAUCACAGGAUACUGAAGAAAGUUUAAAAGAAGGAAAGACUUCCAAACUCAUUCCAAAACGACCAUUAGAGGGUGUACAUCUCAGUGCUAGUGAGGAACUGGAACAAGUCAGCAGUAGCAUUAUCAAUAAGCAAUCAGUUCCUCCUGUUGAUUUAAUCAACAAAAAGCAGAAAGUGUCAAGUGGUAGCCCUUUGAAUAUUUCCCAAGGACCAUGUGAAGAUCGAAAGGCACACAAAUCCAGACAUGACAGCCUAAACUCCAACACCAAUGACAGUGAUAGCACUGAGGAGCACCACAGAAAGUGUCGUAAAUCAUUUUCUCACUGUAGUUAUGAAGAUGAUUCACAGAGUAAUAGAAGUGCUUGUCGAAAAUCCAGAAGCUAUUCAUCUUCACAAGGUUCAUCGUUUAGGUCAUCUUCUGAUACUUCAAGUGACCACAGUAGAACUAGUCACAGAAGCAGAAAUUAUUCUGAUAGAUCCAGUGCUUAUAGCAGCAGAAGCCGGUCUCAGUAUUGUUCAAAAAGACAUCGUAGGUCACACUACAAGUGUCAUUCCAGACAUAAAAAGAAAAAGCACAGCUAUUCAUCAAAUUCGUCAUUAUCUUCUGAUGAUAAUCAUUACCAUAGGAAAAAAAGUGGCAGUCACAGCAGAAAUCGAGGCAGCGCCCAAAGUAGGAUGCAGACGAGCACGUCAGGCCGAUUGCACAGCAGGAGCAGGAAGUCCAGGAGUAGACAACUCCAUAGUAGGAGCAGAAGCAGAUAUAGGAGUAGGUCAAGGCAUAGUAGGAAUAGACAAGAAAGCAGCAGGGGUUCCAGUUCGAGAAGGUCGUGCUCCAGAAAUAUAGACAACUGCAGGCAAGAAAUGUCCGGUGAGAAGCUAUCAAGGCACAGGUCUUUCUCAAAGGGCAGAGUUUAUCAUAUAAAGUCAUCACUUUGCAACAGUGAUCAUCAAGAAAUAAAAAGAGGUUCACAGAAUUACAGCCCCAUCUCCCCUAGUUUAUUCCAGAAAAAUAUGAACAUAGAUUGUUCCAUUCUCCCACUGAAGAAACUCAUUCAAGAUAAAAAAAAAUCCCGUAUGGCAAAGCACAUUUUGGAAAAUGGGCAAUGUAAGGACAAUGACGUAAAAACAAACACCACAGAAUCAGCAUCAAGUACAAUGGGCCUGAAGUUGAAGGAUUCUCCAGAAGGUUACUUUGGUCCCAGGCUUCCUCCUUCAAUGGAUAAUGUGACGUUAUGGUCUUUAAUUGGGAAGUUAACGGCGACAAAAAAAGUAGAUGCAAAGAAAGAUGAUGUUAGCAAAGCGGAUGAGCCUGAACACUUGAAAUGGAAUGGGAAUGAAGCGCAAUCUACUGGAUCCCAUGAAGAGAACCUUCAGUUCAAAGAGGCGCAUGAGAAUAAAGUGGACAUUGAUCAAAGUUCAAUGUGUAAUGCAUCAGAAACUGCCGAGGAAGAAAAGAUUGGCCUUACGAUAUACCAAGUGCAGGCUGCUGAAGAAAAUUUAACUCCAGUCCCUGAAGAAAUGUCCAAUGUUGUUUCUUCCACCGCAGAUGUUUUUACUGAUGGUUCAACAGCAGUCAAAGAGAAGAAUUCCCGAAUGACAUUUUACAAUUCUAGUGAUAUAAAUUCAGUUCCACUGGGGGAGAUUAUGUUUGAUUAUUAUGGCACUAACUCACAGAGUGUUGAUGAAGUGGACCCUCAAUUCAAGGAAUGUUCUAAAUCAAUCUCCCCCCCUCUGGCAAGUCAACCUAUAAUCUUCUUACCUGAAGAAAUGGAAAAAUACAGUAAAUUACAGUUACAGGCACAACAGCAUAUCCAGCAGCAGCUCUUCGCCAAACAAGUCAAGACUUUCCCACCAUCCGCAGCAGCAGUUACUUUCACUCCGGUGCCAGCAUUUCAACCAGUUUCCCUUCAGCAGCCUUCUGUUUCUGCUGCUUCUUCUGUUACCACUGUUCACCACACUCUGCUCCAGCACCAUGCUGCUGCCUCACUCACAGCUGCUCUCCACCCUAAUGCCCACCACCAAGCAAUGGCUCAGCUUCACCACAUCACCCAGCCACAUGUUGCGCCCUUCACUUUCUCACCAAUCACUCAAGCGAUUUUUCCCGCUCACCCUGCUGCCUUCCUGGCCAGCCAUCCACUGCACUUCAUCCCGGCUGCAACCAUCCACCCAGCCCACCUGGCACUCCACCCACUGCCACACGCCACUCUCUGUCCGACACUGUUUGCCCCUCACCCAGCCGCAGCAGCAGCUGCCGCCUCUGCUAUUCACCUCCACCCUUUGCUCCAUCCGUUGUUCCCAGGGCAUGACCUGCAACAUCGCUCUGGUCCGAGCACCUGAGACAGACAAUUGAACAGAAAAAUACAACAAUUAAAAUGUUUGGAUGUUCAUUCAUGGUGGCAGACUUGUGUGCGUUGAACUGCUAAAAAGGUUAUGCUAUAGAUGUCUUUAUUUCAACAUUUUUGUUUGAUCUUCCUGAUCUAAAGUAUCCUAUGUGGGUUCCUGUUGAAGUUUAGCUUUCUAUGAAUAAAGUUAUUAGAUGAUGAGACUCAAUGCCCUGUGCAUUGCAAUAGAUUUCUGUGUCAUAGGUUCCAUCUGCCUUUGUGCUAACAAUAACUAAGUGAAAGUGUCAUGGUGUUUUCCAGAUGUUCUCCUCAAAUUUGCCCUUAGGAGAGAACAUUGUUUGUUAGAACACUGGGGCCAGCGAUCCAUUUUCUUUAUUUUAAAUCCUUCAGGCCCUUCAAAAUUAAAAUAUGUAUUUUUAUUACACUUUCCGCCCGUUUUUCAGAUGUACUGUCUUUUAGUUAACUUGAAUGUACUACGUUGUAAUUAUGCUGUUAAUAGUUCUUUAGGCUUUAGGUUAACCUGAAAAUAUUUUCUUUAAAGCAUUUGUAUUUUGUGUAAAAUAAUGCAGAGUACAGUGUAUGUGGAUAGAAUUGCACUGGAUACUCCAUAUCCAGUGCUGUUGUUUAGUUUUUUUCCAUGUAAAAUGGAAUUAUUGUACUGUAUAAUGCAAUAAUAUUUUUCCAUAAUAAAUUUUGUUCUAUCAAUGAAUGAUAAUGUAUAUAACAUAGUUCUUAAUGUAAAUAAAUUCAAUACAGUAAAGCACUAUACUUUAGAGGUAAAAUUCUGUACUAUACUCUCCCAACCAGGUAUAUUAUCUUUUUAUUCAAUGUAUUGUAUAUUUGUCUUGAAAUUUGUUAGGAUUUACAUACAAGUGUCUGUAUAAUACACUGUCCUGAAAAAUAAUGAUUGUGCUAUUGCAGAAAUUGGAAAUAAA